CAUUGAGUCUUUUGGAGGUAGCUCUUUUUCCAGUUCCGAAGAGAGUGCAUCUGUUGUGACUUGGUUCUCUGCAGUUGUUCUACUGGUGGGAUACAGCCAUGGAGGCAGAAGAGGCGACUAUCCACUUUCAGAUGCCCGGUCCGAUGCUGACUUUUCAGAACGUCCGCUACUUUGUGAACUUGAAGAGAAAGUUCCUGCACAGGAAGGCAGAGGAGAAGGAGAUACUGAAAGAUGUCAGUGGGAUCAUGAAGCCUGGAAUGAACGCUAUCCUGGGGCCCACGGGAAGUGGCAAAACAUCGCUUCUGGAUGUUAUAGCAGGUCGCAAGGAUCCAAAGGGACUGAGGUCUGGACAGGUUCUGGUCGACAGUGAGAUUGUGAAUGCUGAUAUGCGCAUGCGAUCUGCGUAUGUAGUGCAGGACGACAUCUUGAUGGGGACGCUCACUGUCAGGGAGAACCUCGAGUUCUCUGCGAAUCUGCGACUGUCGCGGAUAGAGUUCAGUGCGGAGGACAAGAAGCUGAAGGUCAAUGCAGUAAUCAGAGAGCUGAGCUUACAGGACUGUGCAGACACCAAGAUUGGGACGGACUUCAUCCGCGGGAUCUCUGGAGGAGAGAGGAAGCGGUGUAGCAUCGGGAUGGAGCUCAUCACCUCCCCCUCCCUCAUCUUCCUCGACGAGCCAACCACUGGGCUAGACGCCAACACCGCAAACACCCUGAUGCGCCUGCUGCACACGAUCUCCAGAAAAGGAAAGACUGUGAUCUUCUCCAUCCACCAGCCCCGCUACUCCAUCUUCCGGCAGUUUGACCACAUGACCUUGAUGAAUAAGGGGGAAAUCAUCUUUGCAGGCGCUCCAGAUAAAGCUCUGGGAUACUUUGAAAAGGCUGGGUAUAAAUGUGAAGCAUUUAACAAUCCGGCUGAUUUCUUCCUGGAUAUUAUCAACGGAGAGAUCCCUCCAACACUGGACACUCCCGUCCCAGGUCUUCAGACUAAUGCAUUAGUUUCCUGUGAGGACAAGAACCAGCUUGCCUUUUAUUACCGGCAGUCUGAGUUCUACAGCGAGGUGGAAGAGACCCUGAGACAGAUCACAUGCAGCACUGUGCCCAAGCAGCAUGGCUUCAGGGACAAGGAUGUCUACGCCACCCCCUUCUUCUACCAGCUGCUGAUUGUGAGUUUGCGCACAGUGAAGAAUAUCUUGAGAAACCCACAGACCUCGUACGCCCAACUCGCUCUCAACAUCUUCUUCGGGGUUCUGGUUGGGCUAAUUUAUUACCAGAUACCCAACACCCUCCCCGAGGCCAUUCAGAACAGGGUCGGAGCAUUCUUUUUCUUGGUCAUAAAUAUGGUUUUUGGAAACUUGUCGGCUGUGGAACUUUUCAUCAACGAGAGAGUGCUUUUCAUACAUGAAAACACCAGUGGUUAUUACCGGACCUCCACCUACUUUUUAUCCAAGGUGUUUGCUGAUCUCAUUCCCAAUCGGAUUUUUCCUGUCUUUCUGUUUUCUGCAGUAUCCUACUUUAUGAUGGGAAUGAAAAAUGAAGUUGAAGCCUUCUUCCUGUACGCCUUCACCCUGAGUAUGGUGAGCAUGGCCGCGGUCAGCCUGGCGUUUCUGGUUAGCGCCAGUGUCAGGACCUUUGCGGUGGCCAACGUGCUCAUAGCUUUGCCCUACGUCUUCAUGAUGGUUUUCGGGGGGUUCCUGGUGAAUCUCAAUGCCAUGCUGAACUGGAUGUCUUGGCUCAAAUGGAUCAGUAUUUUCCGCUAUGGACUGAAUGCACUCACCAUCAAUGAGAUGAAAGGACAGUUGUUCUACAGCAAUACCUCAACGACUACAGGAGAGGAGUACAUGGAUCAACAAGGCAUCGACUACAGCCCCUGGGCUUUCUGGCAGAACGAAGUGGCCCUCAUCUCUAUAUCGUGUGUCUGCAUGGUGUUUGCCUACAUACAGCUAUGGAGAGUGAACAGAUGGAAGUAGAAUUACUCAGGGACCAGAACAUUAACCCAGUGCUGCACACUGGAGCUGGUAAUAAUAAACACACUCAACAGUGAUUUAUGGCGUAUUACUCUUAGGGAGAACUUUACACUGUGUGUCUCCAACUGCACUGGAAUAACAAAGUAAUUAUUGAUUUGAGCAGUUACAAUGCAUUGUACAGGAGGAGUAAUGUUGGUUGUUUUUUGUAAUUCCAGUGCAUUUAUGUAAUGUAAUGUCAAUGUAAUUUUUAGACACAAAGUAUAUGAUACAAUCCAGAUUCAGGUAGAUUGAAAAAUAAAUGCUGUUUUCUCCAGCCGUGUGAAAAUGAAUGUCAUAAUACACAGACAAAGCUGUUCAAUAUAUAUGUGCUUCUUUUAGUUAUUUUAUUCCAAUGUGUUUUUAUUGAUUUCUCUUUUUUAUAAUUUAUUGUAAUACAUGCAAA